AGCAGGAACAGCAUUGACACCAGAGUAACUCCAGCAGCUGCUUUGUGGAAGUUUUCCCACUCAUUUUGACUUCCAUAAGAGAGUUGUGUGUGAGUGACAGUGUCACCAUGGUCCUGCCUGGCUCGUGCCAUGCGGCGUUCACGGUCCUCCGGCAGAUAGAGUCGGUGGUGGUGCUGGAGCAGCUGGGCAGCAGUCUUUUCGACACGGCCCUGCAGAUGGUGGUGAAGGACCGGAGUGUCAACGCCACCUACACCGACGUAUCCGAGAAAGACAGCCAGCAGAAGUUCAUGACAGACUUCUUCUUGAUCUACAACCUCAUCAUCGGGCUGACUCCCAUCCUACCCGCCAUGUUGCUGGCCAGGUUAGGGGACCGCGGCUGGAGGAGAGCCCCCAUCAUGCUGCCCCUCAGCGGGUACCUGCUGUCCAGGCUCGCCCUGCUGCUGGUGGUCCUCUUCCGGCUCCCGCUGGAGGUGAUGUACGGAGCCGGGGUGGUCUUCGGGCUGUCUGGGGGCUUCUGCGCGUACUGGCCCGGCGUGAUGACGCUGGCGUCGCUCGGCUCCACGGCGAAGGACCGAUCCAAGGUGUUGAUGAGGGUGGAGCUGCUGUACGGGGCGGCCGGCCUGGUGGGCAGCCUGGUGUCGGGGCACCUCUUCCUGCUCUACAGUUCCAGCACCCAACACGGGUCCAUCCUGCUCUCCGUGAGCACUCUGCUGCACCUGCUCUGCCUCUUACACUCCAUCACCCUGCUGCAGGUGAAGCCAGUCCCCAUCCCAGAGCCAGAGGACGCCUGCGACCUCCUGCCCCAGGCCCCCGGGGGGGUCCCUGUGGAGGCCCCUGUAGGGAGGAACAUGGUGAACGUGGCUCUGCUGUUUGUUGCUGCCAUGCUGUACGUCUCCGCAGUGGGGGGGGCCAUAGAAAUACUGGGCCCCUUUGUGUUGAAAGAGCCACUCAGCUGGAGCGCCACUCAGGUGGGUUAUGGGAACGCAGCGGGCUGCACCAUCUUCCUGACCAGCUUCCUGGGCGUCAUGGUGUUUCGCCGCUACAUCAGCGACACGUCUCUCAUCCUGAUCGGCAUGCUGUCAUUCGCAUCGGGAAUUUACUUCAUGUCCUUCGUCACGGCAACCUACAUGUUCUACCUGGCCCGCUCCCUCACCCUGUUCGCCCUCAUCCCGAUGCCCACCAUCAGAUCUCUGCUCUCACAGCAGGUCCCUGCAUCCUCCUGUGGCACCGCUCUCACCUCCCUGCAGCUGGCUCUGAAGUUUGCCAGCCUGGCCUACCUCCCGGCUUUCACUAAGAUCUACCAGCAGACCCUGGGCUGGUUCCCAGGCUUCGUCUUCACGCUGUCCAGCAUAAUCACCGUGCUGGGGAUGAUACCAAUAUGUGUCAUCGGCUGCAGAUCUCCUAAAAGGCAACGGGACGAAACGAUCCAAGAGGACUGAGCCCCCCCCCCCACGUCAGCCGUGAGCUAGCAUCGGUACGAGUAAGCAACUGAGACAGGAAUUGGGCAGAAAGCAGAAUGGUGCCUUUAAUGUCACUUCCUAUUGUGGUGAAACUUUAGACAUGUAGUAGAGGAGAUCCUACUUCUAUUUUUGUACUCCAAUACAGGCCUUUAUAUGAACAAAUACCUAUUUUACAAUUGGUUUUGACAAAUGUCAUAAACCAACAGAAUUUUAGUGACAUUUUUAUACAUUAAAGUCAUCUCUACGGCAACACCAACAAGGGGAUUUUACCACAAUGUAAAUAUGUCAUUGAAUGUGUCCAACUUGUCCCAUUGCAGCCAUCAUCUAAAGGAGUGUGAGCUAAGAAUGACGGAGUGUAUAGGGACAUCAUUUGAAAAGUAUUUGCACUUUUAGGGUUAUUUUUUCUACUGCUUUGAGGUUAGGGUUAUAAAAAUAUCAAAUUUAGAAAUGUGUUUUUUAAUAGCCACGCAAGUGUGUGUGUGUGUGUGUGU